GAGUGCGUUAUGACCCGUGGCCGCCUGCCUGGUCUGGUGGGGUCCUCCGUUGUGGGUAAACGGGAAACCCGACUCUACGAACCCGAGGAAAGGCUGCACAGCAGUAGUAGGGGCGUUAAGACCGGAGCUUUUUGUAGUGCUAGCAGGAAUGCAAGUGAAUGAAUCCCAUCCCCUAGCGAGUGAAGUGCUUACGCCCCCUUUCUCGAAAGGGGCGCGCUAGCGCUUAAAUAAUAAUAGAAUAGGGGGCUGAGAAAAGCUUGCUGUCUACUUCUCGAGCCUUCACUGCCCCGUUCUGUAACUUCCCUUCUUUAGUCCGUCCACGAGGCUGUAAAAAGAUAGAAAGGGGCGGCUAUCUAGCGGGAGUCGUUUCGGUUGUAUGCCACGAGGUCCCUAUGGACAAGGGGAAUCAUCGCUUUUGGGCGCAGGCAGCCCUCUACCAUCCAUCCCAUUGCAUUCCAUCGUCUCGUAUUGUACUGUACCGUACCAAACCAGAUACAUCUAUUGAGUGAGAGAAAGGUAGCUUCUCUAUAGAUAUAUUAUUCAUUUUUUAUAUGGAUAGGGAUCCCCAGAUUCCCGUCACUACGGAUUGAUUGUCUCUACCUAACUACAUGGUAGUGGUCUAGGGAGCGCAAUUGCUAGAGCACGGGAGAAUGAAGAGUAAUGAUUUCAGCAAGAGCAGCCGGACGGACUACUAUAGUGAGUCCAGUGACUACUAGAGUAGAGUGGAGUCAAAAGGUAUGGUAUAGCAGCCUUUCCGAGCGAGCCUCUGGGAUCUCCUGUAAACCCCCAUGAUGUGGUAAAGGGAGGAUAUUAGGGGAAGCAGUGAGUGGAGAUUCCCCUGCAGAGAGCCGGAUGAGGGGAGACCUUCACGUCCGGUUCGGAGGGCGGGGAUAUCCCGACCCUACUAUCAUUAUGCCUUUGCAAUGUUACUUGGUUCAACUCUAUUUGUGACCUUUUCUCGUAUGUGGGACUCUCUAUCUUCUUGGGUAGAUAAUCGAUCGUCUUUCAUUUUGAUAGUUAGUAGUUUUUUUAAUAAUAAGUCAAGUCAAUAAUAAUAAAUAAAAAUCGAACUGGAGGAGCGAAAAGCCAGGAUGGCUUGGUAAGCAAGCUACCUGUUAUGUAGGCGCCACCCUCCAUUUCUUUCUCUUCUUUCUUUUUUAAUGACAGUUCAUCAAAACAAUUGCUAGAUCGAGCACGCGACGCGCAUAGUCUUUCAAGAGCGGGUUGUCUCCUCUUCAACAUUUCUACUACUUCUCCCUCUUCUCUUUUCAGAGAUCUCCUUGUUCUCUUCCCCUCCAUACCUUCGCCGCCUUCUUCAUCAUCUUGUUCCAUCCUUCAGUGAUAGACGCAAUUAGACUACUCUAUUCCUACGAAAGGAGCCAAUAGAGAGUGGGGGAAGGGACGGAUUUGAGACUACCGACGUCUCUAGCGCUGUUGAGCUAGGGUUUGUUCUUAUUGUUUUGUGAACAUUACCUGAUUCAGCUAGAGAAGGAAUGAAUUCCCGGGAACUGUAACUGGGGUAGCCUUUCCUAUUGAUGAGAUCAAGCCAAAAACAAGCAACCCAAAGGACAAGAGUCACCCGGUAUGUAGCACGACCGUUAGAGCUUUGACUGCCUUUCCUGAGUGUAGUUCUGUAUGGGAUAAAUCUUCCCGCAGGGGAUAAACAAUCAACAUCUUACUAGCAGCUCCGUUGUUUCCAGCCUAAGGUCUAUAAUAGCCUAUUGCAGUUGUGGUUGUAGCUCAAUCAGUUAAUCUUCGUUCAUCCCCUUUUCACUCGGCUGUCUGUCUCCGUUAGCGCUGUGGCAAUCGGCAUCCUAGAAGAUCCCCGGCUAGGCAAGAGAGAGAGAUCGACUAGCAACUUCUGUAAGUCAACAGCUAUGCCUAUCUCUUCUCUUUCACCAACUCUAUCCUAUAGAAUGAGUUGCUUAUUCUAUCAGUCAGCUAGACAAGUAGAAGCUAUGAUUGGAAGCUAGCAGUAUAGACUUGUUUCCUAUUGGAUAGAGCUAAUCUAACUCGGAAAUUUUGCUUAACACAUGCAAGUCGUAGAACUACUUUACUCCCUGAGUCUAGAUCUCCGAUUCCAAUCCUGCUUUAGUGCAUCUUUUACUUGACAGUUGCAUCGAUAAAGGCGUGGCCCCAGAAGUGCUUUUUCGGAGAUAGCGAAAGAAGAGCUUAGCUUAGAAAGUAGUGUCUCCAAAAGUUCGUUUAUUUCCUAAAGCAAACCCUCUGGAUUAAAAACUUAGCCUUUGAAACCCUCAUUCUCUUAUUGUGCAGGCAAAGGCCUGGGCGAGCGAGUUAGGGUUAGAUUAGAGGGAGGGGGACUGGUCUUUCUUUAUAGGACAAGGCAAAGACAUAUGGCUAUUUCCCGGGGAGAGAAGCCACGCUUUGCUCUUGAUGGUAAUUUCGAAACGAAAAAAGGGUAUAAGAACUGUUCUUGGAAGGCUUUGUCCCCGGUCUUCUUCUCCUAACUCAAAUUCCAUUCUUCGAAACAGAAGGACGGCCAGCCCAUAAGAGAAGAGGCUUAUCCAUGUAAAAAACACAAUAGACGAGCUCAGAAGACCUUGCCUUUGAGGCUAAUUCGAAGAAGAAGAUUCCCUAUCAUGGGAAUAGUCCAACCGGGUGAACCAAUUCUUAUCCUUCUUCUCGUCCAUCUUUGCAGAGACGAAAGGGAAUCGGUCAGGAAUAGCCUUUAAGGAUUCUAGCUCCUCUAGACCAUACCUGUUUAGCCGAUGUCUUAAAUAUAAGACUGGUAGAAAUUUUAGGAAAAAUUGCAUUUAGAAGCCAAGACAUGACCUGAUGAUUUGUGGCACUCCAGUCAGCCAUCUUGGUCUCACUCAUAUUGGGGAUCAGAGAAAGAAAGCGGGCUGACCUCUAAAAAAAGGUUCCUGCUCCAUAAACGCUUUCCUACAAUGAACAGACGAACCGAGCGAGCCCAAUGCAAAGAUCUCCAGUGAGGAGAUCUGGUUACCUUUUUUUCGAAUACGUAAUACGAGGAGGUAAUUGGUUGAUACCGAGAAUGAUAGAAGAAGCUUAAAAACCCCUGCUUGAGAAUCCGGUCUUUGAGAAGGAGCUACAUGUGUUCUUGUUCGAGAAUCCGCAUCCCGUCGAAUUAGCUGUGAGGGUGAAAAGGGCUUACGACGAAUAGGCUCUUUGAUGGGGCAUUACUGGGUCACUAUAAAUAUCAUACAUAAGAGAAAAAAAGGGUAAGUAAAAGAAAGGCAUUGCGUCCUUCUCUUUUCCAGUACAAGAGUUCCUAUUUUGUGCCCGAGACGAAGGAUGGAUUGAUUGCCCUACUAUCGGCAAGAGUUGACUGACUUCCAGGAACUCCUGCAACGUUCUGCGCCUUUUUCUUUCUUUUUGUUUUGAAUGAAGCGCCUAGCUUUGACGCUUUCUUCUUACCCACGCGAGAUUGUUACCCAGGAUCAAGCCUCCGCUACCUAAGACACUCCUCGACUACUUUGUUUGGAGUGACGGACAGACAGGCUACGCGACUCUCGCCUCUAUCUAAGCAAGUGGAGAGCGAAAGAAAUAUCAUAAGUGAUGCGCCUUCUGUCUUUCGUGUCAGUGAACGUGGACACCGGAGAGCUACCGAUGGUGGAAACAACUAUCUACCAAUGACGAGAUGACCGAGGUUGCGUGCGCCGCUCCGUCCUGGAUUCCAGGUUCAACUCCCUGGCGUCGAGAUCUUAUUCUUUCUGUUGGUCAACAACCAAGCACAUCUCACUUUCGUUAUUCACUGCUCCGUGCAGGAAAGACUCUCUUUAUGGAGGGAAUUUGGAUUUCUCAUCACUAUGUUUCCACUCCAUUUUCAUUACGAAGAUGUAUCACGUCAGGAUCCGUUGCUCAAACUGAAUCACGCCAACGUUAUGGAAGUUCCUGGAUCGUGUGAAAUAAGAGUAGUACCAAAGGCACCCUAUGAUUUCAUAAUAAAAAAUGGAAAAUUGGCUAUGGAGAUUCCGCGCGGUCAGAAAUUCAUACAGACACAAAGGGGUUCGACAGGAAAGUCGUUUCGAUCCAAUCCAUUCUUGGGGUCAAAUAAAGACAAAGGAUAUGUCAGUGACCUAGCACGACAAAGCACUCUCCGAGGGCAUGGAAUGUCUAAUUUUUCGGUCAGAAUCUCGACAGUAAUGUCUCUGUUAGAUUCUCCGGUCGAAAUACGGGAAAACUCCAUUCAAUUCUCGAUGGAAACGGAGUUUUGCGAAUUCUCCCCGGAACUGGAAGAUCAUUUCGAGAUCUUCGAACAUAUUCGAGGGUUCAAUGUGACUAUUGUCACUUCGGCCAACACACAAGAUGAGACUUUACCACCGUGGAGCGGCUUUUUGCAAAAAGAUGAGGUAGAAACAAAGUAAGAAAGAGAUGUCGGAGAAGCGAAAUAUACGAGAUCACAAACGCAGAUUGCUCGCGGCUAAAUAUGAAUUGAGACGAAAGCUUUAUAAAGCCUUUUGUAAAGAUUCCGAUCUUCCUAGUGAUAUGCGGGACAAACUUCGUUAUAAGUUGUCCAAGUUGCCAAGAAAUAGUUCCUUUGCACGAGUAAGAAACCGAUGUAUUUCCACGGGUCGCCCUCGUUCCGUAUAUGAGUUCUUUCGAAUUUCUCGUAUCGUUUUUCGUGGAUUAGCAUCUCGAGGUCCUUUGAUGGGCAUAAAGAAAUCGUCUUGGUAGCAACCGCCAAACCAAUAGAACAAGGGUUAGCUCUGCAGCUGGUCCACAAGCAAGGUCCAUUACCGGCCGGCUCCGGACCGAAAAGACCUAACGGAGUAAUCCCUUAUCUCGGAUCGGAGAUGCUAUGCUAACGGGGCUGGAAUCGAAGUGGGGGACCUAUCUACCGCCUGUGUCUAUCUCCUGUCAAGUAUGCUCCCCAGACAUAGACUACGUACAGGGUAGUACUCUUGGAUAUAAUAUCACCGCGUGAACGUGAACAUAACAUU